UAAUAACUUCUUACCUUAAUAAAUAUAUUUUGUUAUUAUUAAUCAUUGUGAUAUCCAAUUACGGUAUCAAAGUACUUUGCUCAAUUGAUAGUUGAUACUGCUAGACGUCAAUAACUUACACAAUGAUAAAGAAUGUCAUAUGCUCUGUGGAGCGGGUAAACAUAAUGUAAUUGUUUAUAGUUUCUACUAACGUACUGAUAAUAAAUAUAUGCAUCAUUUUUUCACAUUUUAAGUGUUUCAUUCAUUACAAGUCAAGGAGAUCUAGUCAGUAAUUAUUUCUACUUAAUCAUGUUUCAACGUCUAAUUUUGAUGAAUAUUGUAACAUUUUUGUAUUUAAUUUUACAUAUAAGUUAUGUCAGCACAAACAGCAGUAUUUCAGUAUCAGAUGAAAAAUACUUAUUUGAUUUUACGAAGAAUGAUAAUGUAGAUAGUUGGCAAGAACAAUCUGAUACAGUACGCAGUGUAGGAAUGUCUAAAGCAGUAUUUGUGAUACAUCGAAAUUCUGAAUUUAGAAGAGCCAUAUUUUUUGCUUUACUAAAUCCUCAGCCAAACGGCGCUGGGUUUGCUGGAAUACGAGCUCUUGGCUCGUACGAUUUAUCAGGAUGCACACAAUUAAAUAUUCUUUGUCGUGGUCAAGGCCAAUUUAAUGGAUUUAAAGUGGUGCUGAGACAUAAAGGAUUAAAUAAUGAGCCCAACUAUUCUUUCGAACAAUAUUUUCAGGCUCCAAAAGAUGAUUUUGCCGUACGAACGUUACCAUUUUCAGAAUUUAAAGCGUACUAUAGAGGAAAACGCGUUAACAAUAACGAGACUUUGGACAUAUCACAAAUUACUAGUAUAGGUAUUCAAAUGUAUGGCGGCGUUUAUCAAACUAUAAAACAAAAGGGACCUGCAACUUUAGAAAUUGAUUGGAUAAGAGCUGUAUAAAUUAUUAUUUUGAAUUAAUGAUAUAAUUUAUAACAUUACAUAUAAUAAAGUAAAUAAUGUAAAUAAAAAAU